CACUCAUUGGUAAUUAGUAAUGGCUGAACUUGUAAAAAUAUUGUAACAAAAGAUCUGUAAUAUUUUGAUAUCCAACCGCUUCUUCUCUUCGUAAAAUAAUAAAGAUCAUAUGUAUAAUAACAAUUCUAAUUAUUUUAAUUAUUUAAAAGUGUGAGGAGUAAACUAUCAAGAUCUAGUUUUAAAAUAUGGAAUCUCCGAAACAUUUAGAUUCAAAUUCAGUGGAGUAUUGGAAAGAGCAAGCAAAAUAUUAUGAACAAAAGUCAUCAGACAUUCAGCAAGAAUUAGAUGAGUACACAGAAAACUCAGCUCAACUGGAAAAAGAAUUAGAGGCUUCACUAGCACAGGUUGAAAAACAGAAUAGAGAUCUCGAACAUCAAAACCAACGUCUCAGAAAUGAGAUUGAAAUGCUCAGGAGUAAACUAGAAAGGAGUCAACAUGAAACGAAUGCACUAGAAAAUGAAUUAAAAGCACUUAAAAUAGAUAAGGAAAAACAAGCAAUAUACAUUAGAGAAUUAGAGCAAAAAAAUGAUGAUUUAGAAAGAGGUCAAAGAAUCAUAUCUGAAUCAGUUUCAUGUAUAGAGACACUAUUAAAUCAGGCAUAUGAGCGCAAUGCAGUCUUAGAAAGUGAAGUAGAUGAAAUUGAAAACUUGAGGGUAAACUUGCAGCGGGUAACAGAUGAAGCCAGAGAUCUAAAACAAGAAUUGAAAGUUAUAGAGAAAAUUCCAAUACUGAAGAAAGAAGAAAGCAGUACAAAUGAACCACUAUGCAAUGGACAUUCAGCUCGAACCCAGGUGGAAAUAGAAACACAAACUUCUAUGAUAUCACCAGCAAAACGUGAAGUAAACGGGAAUGCUAUGACACCGUCUUCGCGAGUGUCGGCUAUAAACCUAGUGGGUGAUCUCCUUCGGAAAGUAGGGGCUUUGGAAUCAAAAUUAGCAUCGUGUCGUGGUACAGUUAGACCUAAAGAGCUCUCACCAAAUCCAAGCUCGGACGUGAAUAAGGACUACAGGUGUGUACUCAAGAACUAAGACUCGCCGUCUAUUAUCCCGCGAUUGCGUUAGCUUGUAUAGUAGAUACUAUACUAUAACCAGUUUACAUUGCUUCAUGUUCAUAUUACACCCCCCACGUUUAUUAAACCAUCUAAUGUACUGUGAUCGGAAUCACACUUUCCUAAUAUUCUUACUAAUAUCUGUGAUGAUAAAGAAAAUAGAUUAGAAAUGUAAAGGUAGAAAAAAUACUUGGCCUACCCACCGGAGACGUGCAAGUGAGACGGCGCAUAACUUUACGCAUUGCUUUACACACUGGAUUUUAUGCUGUUGAUUAAUGAAUAACAAACUAUUUGGCAUGUUGGAAAUGAAAUGGUCACUGAUAACACCAGACUUGUUAUGUCAUUCAUGUCUCACGUUUGAAUUGCUAUGCACAAAUUUUGAGAGUUUGAAAUGAGCAAACAAUUUUCGAUAUGAUGACCAUGAAAUAUUUAGAGUCCGUAUAUACGUUAAAAUAUAUUUAUAUAUUUUUGAAUAAUCCAUUUUUGUAAAUAAAAAAUGUAUGUAGUUACGUAUGAAUUCGUUAAAACAUAUAUACGAAAUUUUAUGGACUUUAAUAUGAAGAAUGAAAUUAUCUGUCUGUACUAAUAGUAAUAUUUAGGUAUAUAUUGUUGGUUUAUAGUGCAUUUUAUUUGUAUAAUUUUUAACUAAUGCCAAGAUUACGAAAAGCACGUACUGUCAAAUCCCUGAAAUAUAAUGAAAUACAUAUUUUGUGUUGCUUUAUUCUUCUUCAUUCGCAACUAAAUUGUUACUAACAUUGAAACAAAGAUAUAAUAAAAUAACUGUUUGAUUAUUUUCUUUGUGAAUAACCAUAGGCGUGAUACUAAUGUUAAACUUUUUCGUAUUCUGAAAGUAAUAUUAGGUAGCGUACAGAGGCGAAGUGAGGACAGAAAUGUUUGAAAACUGAUAAAAAAUGUUUCUAAAUAAAAAAUCAUCACAGCUCAAAAAAUUUUUGAAUUAAUUUUUAUUAUAAUAAUAUAUCAAUUUUAUUUAGUCACAUGGGAAUAUUUAAUUCCAGCAUACGUGGGUACCUACGGGUGUCUUGCUGCUGUGCUCACUUCGCUUAUUUUGAGUACUUGAAUAGAAAUAGUGUAGAAUAAGUAUAUCAACAUUCCUGUGGCCAUCAAACGUUUAAUAAAUAAUUGUUUAGGCACCUAAACCCUACCUUGGGCAAAGAGUUUACAAAGGAUUCUCGCGAUAAAGUUAUACUUAUUAAAAAUAGUAUUUCGAGAGGUUGUUCUUGCUUUGAUAUCUCAAACAAAACUAACCUAAAUCUUGCCCUGACGAAUAUUCAUAAAUUUUUAAUGUUUUACAAAAUGUUUAAGAGUAUUUUUAAUGUAGAGCUUUACUUGUAAAGUACAUUAUACUUAUGUAAUACUGAGUCUCUAAAAAAAUCUAAAUUGUUUAGGUGUAAUAAAAAGAAAAGUAUUCAUUGUAAAAUAACUUUUUGGUAGCCUUACAAUAUGUGUUUUAUAAAUUAGGGUUAUUGCGGCUAAUUCUGUUGUACGCAGUCUCUAAACUAAAACACUUCUAAAGCUAUUGCUAUCCUUUUCCGCAGAGAGUACCAUGAAAGGGAGAGAUUAAAAAACUUAGACCUAUCAUUUUAGUUUAGAGAUCACCAAUAGAAUUAGCCACAUAAAAUUGUUUAAAUGAUGAGGAUUUGUAUAUUUAAAAGAAUGACUAUUUAACUCCCUAACUUCGAAUAGAGCCCACAUUUUUGUAUUUUAACUAGUGUCCAUUGUAACAAUAGUUGUGACGUACGUGAACAGAAUUGUCCAUGUAAAUGCGUUUAUAUGUCGAAAAUUGUUUGAGUGGGUUGUUUUGGCCUUCAUACAAUAGAUUAUAGAAUGUACUUUAUUAUUAAACAAUAAUUAAUAUAUAAAUUGCCCAGUCUGCUGCGAGUAGUUUGUAACUAAGCAUUUAUAUGUUCACUUGUGUGGUGACCAGACAAUUUUUAUUUUUGUGCGCAAUUAAUAAAAUAAGUCCAGGCAGA